UACCUGUCUAGCAGGUGACUUAACUGCGUCAUUAACAGCAGGAAUCAGCCUGCUCCGUGUUGUUGAUUUUUUUUAAAAGUUUUUUUUCAGUGUUUCUUUUUUUCCAAUUUUAGUGUGCUUUGCGAAUAAGAUGAAGAUGAAUCAGGUUCCGUUCAGGUGUCUUUUCGCCGUCGUCGUCGUCUUUGGCCUGGUUCUGGCCUGUGAGUGGGAGCAGGUCGACGAUCCGAAACAGGAACUGGGUCCAUCCUCUUUCGACGCCGGAGCCGACUUCCUGGACCCGCGGUACGAUAUCUCCGACCCGGAGAAGUGCCGGCAGGAGUGCUGUUUGGAGUCCCGCUGCCACAUGGCCAUGCUCGGCCGCCCGAUGGACGGCAGCGCGCAGUGUGUGCUGGUCAACUGCAUGUGGGACGGCAGGGACGUCUGCGUCCUCCAGCCCAGCACUCAAUAUGAAGUCCUCGGCAAGAAAAAGCCCUCGGAUGUCACGGCGCCCCGUAAAGAACCGGAACCCAACGACAAACAAAGCAACAUGAGUAACCCCUGCCGUGAGCCCAUGAAGGUUGGCUCGUGUCGUGCGUACUUCCCCAAGUAUUACUACGACGCGGCCAACCAGACAUGUCGCAUGUUCAUCUACGGUGGCUGCGGGAAGAACGGCAACAACUUUGACACGCUGGAGGAGUGCCAGGCAACCUGCAGUGGCGACACAGAUAAGUCGGCGAAAUCGCUGAGAAUGGUUCAACCCUUCAACUACUACAUAACGGCGGUACCUUACGCUGACCUUGCGGAUGAAAAAGAGCGCUGCGAGGCGGAGCCAGAUGUGGGGCCUUGCCGCGCGGCCUUCCAGCACUGGUACUACGACAGCGAGGCGGGCGAGUGCAGGACGUUCAUCUACGGGGGCUGCAGAGGCAACAAGAACAAUUACAUGACCCAGCAGAGCUGCUUGGACGCUUGUCAAGUGACCGCGUUGCUGUCCGCCAAGAAACGUCCAUCUGAUGUGCACCGCUCAGAAAAGUGUAUGUCUGCUCCUGACCCGGGUCACUGCCGCGCCGCCUUCCCCGCCUUCUACUACGACCCGGACACCGCCAGCUGUCAGCCGUUCAUCUAUGGGGGCUGCGGCGGCAACAAGAACCGCUACAGCAGCGCAGAGGAGUGCCUGGCCAGCUGCAACAUGGAUGGUUCCUUUGAGCAGCGGGACAAAGUCCGCAGCCGCUGGACUGCAGCUUUCUUCGUCCUGCUGACGCUAGCGGCCAUUUGCAUCCUGCUGGUGUCCUCGUUCAUCAUCACCAUGCUGAGACGCCUGCAUUUCUCCCGCACUGCCUCUUCAGUCAGUGACAAAGAGGAGCUUCUCCCAGACGAGCGCUCAUCUCAAGAGUCUCUGGACAUCCCUGAGACUCCCACGGCGGACAAGGCCUGAGGGUCCUCAGCGACAAGGACACUUCAUUAGGUACCCAAGACUAAGGUGGUAGACGACCACAAUAUGUCUCAGCAGACACCCGGAGUUUCUCAUGCAGCUAAUAAAUAUUAGAAGCAGCACAAUAACAUGUGGAAUUCAUCCAAUUCAUAUUUUGUAGUUUGUAUUGGAGCCUCUCAGAUAGUGUACCUAAUGAAGUGGGCGGUUCUUCCUGUUGAUCAGUGAUUCUUCCUGCCUUUAUGCUAAGCUAAGCAGACAUUUAAACUCACAUCUGACUACAAGGACUUUUUAAAUGUUUCUUUUAAAGUUAUGUUGGUGUUUGUGGUUAAAAAGCGUCUUUUUUUCAUUGGCUGCUUGAAUGCUUCCAAUGAGUGUUGUAUUUAUCACGCGACUCUCAGCCUUGAACUUAAACAGAUUCAUCUCUGACAUUCAAUCAUUUUACAUGUUAUCUUGUAUGAAAUCACCAAUGUGUACCACCAUUUGUGUGAUUUUUUUUUUUUAAUCAUUUUAGUGGAAGAACAUUUUUACUUUAAUAAAAGUUGAUUCAAGAGAAGAAAAUGGAGAGAUUGAAAAAAUGUUUUCCCCUCGGUGUCUCCCCCUGCUGGCCAUCAGGCUUAAAAACAUAAGCACUAAAGAUUUACUGAUCAAACCGUACAUUUUUAAAAUUAAUUUUGCAUUGCUUCCUUUCACUCUAAAAUCUGAAAUUGUGAAAUAAAAACUGCAUCUCGGUGCAAAAGUAAAAGUGAUUUAUUAAAGUUGACUUUGACAAUGAAUGACAUGUAAUGAACAUGAAAGUAAUAAAC